AUGUAUACAAUACCUAUACUUUUUAUCAUCGGUGUGGUACAAUGUCAAUACUUCGACAGUCCUUCGGAAGGUUUGUCAAUGCCUCUGGAUAAUGAUACAUCCAGUGGAUCGUUAACAGCUGAUCGAGAUGCACCGUUUAGAAUUUUUGGGUUUAGACAACAUUUCAUUAAUAAUCGACCUUACAGGUUACCGCCUUUCUUGAAGAACGCCUCAGUUGAGACCAGAAAAAGUUUUCGUGAGAUUUUUUUCAACAGGUCACUAACGUUGUCAGAAAAAAAGACCAAAAUUGAUCGAUUGAUGGAGCAAGAAAGCGAGAAUGUUAAGGCUGGGUUUGAGAUAUUUAAAAAAACGAUGAAGGAACGUAAAGAGAGGAUGGAACAGGAACACAAAGAAGCGAUUAGUAGACUAUCUCAAGAAGCGCAAGAAGCUGAUGCAAAAAUUAUCAAUCUAUUCAAAAACGAAACGAUGACAUAUGCAGAACGACGACAAAAGAUGAAACAAAUUUUUGAGAAUUUAUCGGAUCAAGUUCGUACCGAGCUAAAAAGUCUAAGACCAAGGAAACGUUUUGAGGGUUCAUUUGGAAAAUGUUGUAAAGAGAAUACCAAAGAAAUGUCAACCAAAAAUUCGUCUAAUUGA